AUCACACCUGAGUUGAUGCUAAUGAGGUGACUUAGGGUGAGGUCUCUAAAUAGCCUUUAAAACCUGCAGUUUGGGAGGCCAAGGUAGAGGGAUCUCUUGAGUCCAGGAGUUUGAGAUUAGCCUGGACAACAUAAUGAAACCUCAUAUCUACCAAAAAAAAAAAAAAAGUACAGAAAAUUAGCUGGGCAUGGAAGAAUGUGCCUCCCUGUUUGGGAGGCUGAGGUGGGAGGAUUACUUGAGCCCAGGAAGUCAAGGCUGCUGGGAGGGGUAGGAUCACGCCACUGCGCUUAAGCCUGGGCAACAGUGAGACCCUGUCUGAAAAAAACAAAACAAAAACACAAGUGACUAGAAAAGUUGGAAUUUCAUCUCCACGCACCAGCCUCUGGGAGAGAGGGUGGUACUGACGAUUAAGGUCUGUUAAACUCUAUAAAAACUGUUGAACAAGAUUUGAUGAGCCUCUGGUUUGUUGAACAUAUAUAGAUGCUGGGAGUGUGGCAUGCCCAGAGAGGACAUGGAAGCUCUCCUCACUUUAAUACUUUUUUAAUACUUUGCCUUAUGCAUCUCUUCCAUCUGGCUGUGCCUGAGAUGUAUCCUAUAUUAUAAGCCAGUAAACACAAGUAUUUCUAUGAGUGCUGUGAGCCAUUCUAGCAAUUAUUGAACCUGAAUAGAAGGUCAUGAAAACCCCAAUUUACAUAGCUGGUCAAUCAGAAGUACCAGAGAUCCAGACUUGAAAUUUCCAUCUGAAGUAGAGACAGCUUAUGGCACUGAGCCCUUAACUUGAGGAUCUAACACUAACCAGGUAGAUAGAGGCAGGACUAAAUUGUAGGAUACCCAGCUGGUAUUCAGAGAGCUGGAGAAUUUCUUGGUGUGGAAAAAAUCCACACAUCUGGUGUCAGAAGUGUUGUGUGAGAGUGAAGAGAAAGUUUGUUUUCUGAGACUCAGUCUUUGAUAGCUCCAUCCAGAAAUGAUUCAGUUCCCUCUCUUCGGGGAUCAUGGUUUAGAUUAGGGUCCUGUUUGACAGAUGACAGAACUACAGGUUUAGAGAAGCUAAACAAUUUGCUUACGGUUCAUCCUCCUGAACAGUACUUGUUACUUCUAUUACAUUUAGGCAGUUCAUUUUCCCACCCCAAGAACUUUUGAAGACUACAGUUGACCCCUGAACAACACAUUUGAACUGUGCAGUUCUGCUUACAUGUGGAUUUUCUUCUGCCUCUGCUGCCCCUGAGACAGCAAAUCCAGCCCCUCCUCCUCCUCAGCCUACUCAACCUGAAAACAAGGAUGAAUACAACUUCUACUUACUGUGUUUUGCCUCUCAUCCACAGUCACUUUCUCCACCUUUUUGUCUAUUCACUCCAACCUGAUAUCCACCCACAUUGCUUAACUGUAAACUGCCAUACCAAUGUCACUGUGAAAUUUGUCCCCAAUUAGGGUCGACACUGUUUCUGGAUCUGGCCACCCUUUGAUUCUUUAAUCAUAGUAGCAAAGAAAUUUUAGGAUCCUGACAAACAGGUCAGUAAACUGGCAAAGGCUUUCACAGGCCCCAAAUUUAUUUCCUGGAACAUUCAAUGUUCGGCCUAGAUUUAGAUACUACCUACAUAGCUUUCAUCCCUCCAUCUCAAAUAGACAACUUCGAGUGUCUGUGUGAUCCUGAGCACUAAAUUGACAUUGCUUAUAUCGGGACUAGAUGAACUUCAGAAGUUUGCCCCAUGGCCUAGAUAGAUUAUUAUAACUAUACAGUUCAAUACUGAAAAGAGCUAGUGACUUAUAUAAUACUGUAUUUCAGGUGCUACUCUACAAGAUUUAAAUGUAUUCAUCAGUUGAACUUUUAUAAGGAAUUUCCAGGUCGUCUGUUCCACCAGGAUACUGUGAGAGAGAGAGAGGAUAGACAUGCAUUUAUGUGAACCCCAAGAGGGCCUGGGUAUUUACAGCCUUCUGCUAUUCAAUUCCAUUAGCUCUGGGAUGAAGUUCUGUGUUGAUCCUUUAAAAAAGGAGGCAACUUUUUUCCAAGAUUUGAGACAUAUGGAACAACAAUUUGGCUAUCUGGAAAAAAAAAACAAAACACAAAUCCUUGAAGUAGGAGAUUCAUAUUUCAUGAGGCAAACAUGCAAAUCUUUGUUUUAAAAAGUCCUGGAAUAGUCCUCAUAAGUUUAUUAAUAUUUAUUUCCAUAGUAGCUAAAAUAAUGACAUGGUUCCUGGAGGAGAACUUAUGCCCCAGUCACCAAGAACUGCUGGUGCUACAUUCCAUGCUGCUACAUUCAGUGUCAGAGUUUUUGUUCUCACCUCCCCUGACCCAGCAGCAGCAUCCAACAAAGUUGGCUUUUCCUUUUUUUUUCCCCCUUUGGCUUCUGUGACCAAUUUUGGUUUCCGUCCUGCCUUCUUGGCUGUUCUUUCAUUGUCUUCUUUGCUGACUCCACUCUCUACCUGACCUUUAAAUGUUAAAUUCUCAGGUCUAAUCCUUGGUUCUCAACUCCUCAUUCUGUACGCUCUCCCUUGGUGAUUUCAACCUCACUCCUGUCUUCAAUUACCACAAACUUGCCAAAAUUUAUACAUCUAACCCCUACUGCCAUUCUUAGCCCAGAACUGUUUAUCUAAGGCAUAUCUCACAUCUCUAUUUAUUUCUCUCACAGCUACUUCAGGGCCAAUUAUGUCCACAACGGAACUCUUAAUCUUGCCCUGAUAUCCUGUUGCUCCUGACAGAAAUUUGGUUCUUACUUGGACACCACCUUCUCUUUCAACAUAUCCCCAUUCAAUCUGUCACCAACAAUCUUCCUCAUUAUUUUUCAAAUCUGUCCACAGUCCCCGAGCCCCCACCUCCACUGCCACUACUGUAGCCUAAUCCUUUGGGAUGAAAUUCAAAAUCAUUACUCAGCAGCCUGCAGGAUCUGUCCAUCGCACACCUCUGCAGCCUCGGUUUGUGCCCACAUCUCUCUUGUUCUCUGCCAGGGUUUUGCUCUGUUUCUCAAACAUUUCAACUUUCUUCUCACUUCAAUUCUUUGUCUCCUCCUGUUGCCUGUUCCUGAAAAGCUACUUCUCCAGUUCUUUGCUUGGAUAGCUCUUUUUCAUUUUCCAGGCUUGCGGCGGUGGCGGCGGGUGGGGGCGGGGGAGGGAAGAGGGUGGGGGAUGGGGAGUGGGGAGAUUGGUGGGGGGUGCUAAGGGCACUUUCUCAGGCAGCCUUUCCUAGUCCUGGGCUAGGUUAGCUUUCAUUCGAGUGCUGUCAUUCCAUCUCCUUUUGGCACACUGUUAAAUAUAGCUGUGAGAUGAUCUUUUUAACUGUAAGCUCCUUGGAGUUUUGUGUCUGCCCUGUUUUCUAGGGUUUCUAGCUUGUAGCUCAGUGCCUGGCUCAUAAUAGGUGUUCCAUAAAUGCUUGUUGAAUGAAAGAAUGAUGAUGGAGGUGGCAUUCCAACUCGGGACUGCCUCAGAGCCCGGCGCUUUCUCCUCUGCCACUCUGUUACCGUGUUUUAGAGGCAGGUAGUGAGUGCGGCACAUGCCCAGGGCAAGCAGCUGGAUUGAGCUUUAAACUGGCUUGGGAAGAUGAGCACGCGGUGGUCUGAGCCGCUGAGGGGCCGGACGCCGCCUGGGGGCGCUGCAGCCCCCGCGGGACGCCAGGCCUAGUCGCCCACAGGCUCCGCCCCAGGAGAGGCCCCGCCAGCCCAGGGCCCGGAGGACCAAUCGCCUCGACCCGCGCGGGGCGGCGGUUGUGUUGGCUGGUGAGGCCAGGAGGGCCGAGUCGCCGCGGUGGGGCGAACCUCCCGGAAAGUUCCUCUCAGUUUUUUCCGGUGCGCCUCGGCUCGCCCAUGCGGGGGCCUUGAGGGCGGAUUCAAGGCCCUGCGAGAAGCCAUUUAAGGCGGCGGCGGCUGUUCUCAGUCCCACAGGAACGGCGGGGACGCAGCGUUCCUCUCCCGGACAGGAAAACAGUCAUUCUAGAGCAGGUCCCUCUCCUUGUUCUUUCCCCUUUCCCGUGCCCAUGGCAGACCCGAGCUGCUUGUGGACGUGGGUUCUGUUUCUGAAAGGCGUGAAACCUCAGACAUGUCUGCAACCUCCUGGUCUCCGUUUCUGCCUGUAGAAAGAGGGCAUAACAAGGUCUAAUUCACUCACCUGAGGUCUCAAGUGUGGCGCCCAAACCAGCAAUAUCAGCAUUUGCUGUAACUUUUCCAAAAUGCAUAUUCUCUGGCCAACUCCAGCUGACUGAGUCAGAAACUCAGUGGUGGGAUUCAGCCAUUUGUAUUUGAACAAGCCCCAGGUGAUUUUGAUACAAGCUAAAUUUUGAGACCCACUAUAUAACAGAGACCUGUAAGAUAAAAUAAAUAAAACUAUUAUAUAGUAAAGAGUCUGGAAUAUAGUAGAUGCUCAAUAAAUAGUAGUCAUGGUUAUUAUUAUUUAUUCCAGGAAUAGAGACACAUUCAGUGACACAGAAAUCGAAGGUUAAGCAAAUUGCACAGAUGCUUCUUUUCUUUUCCUUCUUUCCUCCCUCCUUUCCUCCCUCUUUUCUUUGUUUCUCUCUCUCUCUCACCUCUCCCUACCUCCUUCCCUUCCUCCCUCCCUCCCUUCCUUUCCUUUCUUUCUUUUCCUUUUCUUUCCGGAGUUUCGCUCUUUUUGCCCAGGCUGGAGUGCAAUGGCGUGAUCUCGGCUCACCACAACCUCCUCCUCCCGACCUCAGGUGAUCUGCCCGCCUCAGCCUCCCAAAGUGCUGGGAUUACAGGCAUGAGCCACCAUGCCUGGCCCUUUCCUUUUAAGCAGGUCAUUAUAGUCUUGCUUUUAAAAAAGAAAAGAAACAUCCAUAUGGCUUGGAUAUUUACCCACUCCAAAUCUCAUGUUAAAAUAUAUUCACCAAUGUCGGAGGUAAGGCUUGGUGGGAGCUGUUUGGACCAUGCGGGCAGAUCCCUCAUGAAUGGCUUGAUGCUUUACAGGCAGAGUGAACUCUGCCUCUGAGCUCAUGAAAGAUCUGGUUAAGAGUCCCGUCUCUUCUAAAAAUACAAAAAAUUAGCUGGGCCUGGUGGCGCGUGCCUGUAAUCCCAGCUGCUCAGGAGGCUGGGGCAGGAGAAUUGCCUGAACCCAGGAGGCAGAGGUUGCGGUGAGCUGAGAUUACGCCAUUGCACUCCAGCCUGGGCAAGAAGAGCGCCAAAAAAAAAAAAAAAAAAAAAAAAAGAGUGGACAUUUCCUCUUUCUCUCGAUUGCUCCCUCUGUUACCAUGUGACACGCUGGCUCCCCUUCGCCUUCCACCAUAAUUGUAAGCUUGGUCUCACCAGAAGCUGAGCAGAUGAUAAUGCCAUGUGUGUAUAGCCUGCAGAACCAUGAGCCAAAUUUCUUUAUAAAUUAUUCAAUCUCAAGUAUUCCUUUAUAGCAACCAAACAGACGAACACAAACAUAUACAAAAGAAAGCCUCUCCAACAACAAAAUAGGUAUGUAACAGUAGCUUCUCACACGUAAACUUAAUAUUUCUUUUUGACAUACAUCUUCUUUUGACUUCUUUGAAAAGCAGAACAUGGUUAAUGUUAAAGGUUUUAUAAUUCUAAUUAUUUAAUUCAAAUUUCAUCUUUCAUGUACUGCAGUUAUUUUUAAUUUGAACAAUGUAAUGGUUGACCAUGAAAAAAUUAACCUUAUGUAGGUGAAAGGUACAGAUUUAUUUCUAGAGAAAUCCAGCUUCAUUCCUAUGUCAGAUUUCUUUGAUGGUCUUUUCCUCUUUAUUCAUUGCAGAAACUUCAAAAAGGACACACUGGUUUUAAUUAGUAAUGUUAAGAUUGCCCAAAAAGUUCAAGAUGAAGAAACCUUCCUGGAAAAUUUAGCAAUACAAAGAAAUGCAUUUGCUUUUUUUGAAAAAUAUGAUCGGAGUGAAAUACAAGAGUUAGUAACUACUGCACUGGUUAGCUGGUUGUCUACCAAAGAGGAUGGUCGCUCUCAAGUAGACAUGCCAUGUGGAAUUAUGAGUCAAAUGAAUAACAUAGGCUUCUCCACUGCAAUCCUGACUCCUGUGGACCCUACUGCCCUCUUAGACUAUAGAGAAGUCCAUCAGAUAAUAAGAGAGUUGGCUAUUGGAAUUUAUUGCUUAAAUCAAAUCCCUUCCAUCAGUUUAGAAGCUAACUAUGAUCAGAGUUCUUCUUGUGGGUUACCUCCAGCUUAUUAUGAUACCGGAAUUGGGCAAAUUCUGAUCAAUGUUGACUAUAUGCUGAAAGCACUAUGGCAUGGAAUAUCCAUGCCCAAAGGAAAACGAGCUAGAUUCUCUGAAUUGUGGCGUACCAUCCUGGACAUUGAUCCUGAUGGAAAACCUCAAACAAAUAAGGACAUUUUUACAGAGUUUAGUUCAGCAGGUUUGACUGAUAUUACAAAGGAUCCAGACUUUAAUGGAAUCUAUGAUGAAGACACGAAUGAAGAUCCAACAUAUGAUCCCAGUAGCCCUGAAGAAACAGCUGUAUUUAUGAAAUAUGCUGAAAAUAUUAUGCUAAAGUUAACAUUCAGUACUACACAAGUUCAACAGUAUGAACAUGUCUUUAUAUUUAAAACAGACUAUUGGCUUACUAAUGCUAUAAGAUAUAAUCAAGAUUAUCUUGAUAUUUGUACCUACCAGAGACUACAGCAAAGAUUAUAUCUUCAAAAAAAGAUUAUUCAAAAACACUUUGAGAAGAAAGAAGAUAUCAGAAGAGGGAUAGGAUACCUAAAGUUAAUAUGUUUUCUGAUUCCAUUUCUGAGUUUAAAGAAGAAAAUGAAAGUUCCAUAUUUAAAUAGUCUGCUUCAGCAUUUUUCAGAUGACAAGGUCAAGACAGAGCGAGAAUUGCCUCCAUUUAUUUAUGGAAGAGAUUUUAAAUUCCAGAAUUUUCACUACAAAGAGAAUCAAUAUUUUCAUGUUCACAGAGGAAUUGAAUUUGAUAGCAGCACCCCUUCAAUUGAAAAUGCUUUGGAAUAUUUUCAGAAAAAUUUAGAAAAGAUACGAGAUUGUGCUGCUAAUACAUUUAUAGAAGAUUCAGGAUCCAAAGAAUAUUACUCAAUACCAGUCAUGGAAUUUUAUGGAAAAAGGUACUAUGUGAUCUAUUUUGAACUUGAAACUUUCUAUCAGCAAAUAUAUAAGACACAGUGGUGGCAAGCCAUAAAUGAAAUAGUGAACAAUCUGAAACUGAAAAGACCACUAACAGAUGCUCAAUUACAUGAACAAUUUAAGAAAAAAUUUGGUUUCAAAAAAGCUAUGAAAUGCAAGAGUAUUCCAUUUGGUAUGAAGUCUGCUGUUGAAAGAUGAUUGUCUGCAGUUUUCCAUACAUUUAGCUGUAAAACCUCAAGCUCGACAAUCAAUGUUGCAGAUGAAGCAGGUUAUACUAUUUUUCAUAAUGCUGCCCUGCACAACAGAGUUUCUAUUAUAUGUCAACUGUGCAAUGCUAAUUUUAGGGUCAAACAGAGGCACUUUGUUACAUUCAGCCAAGGUCCAACACCUCUACACCUUGCCGCACAGGCUUGCUCAUUAGAAACAUCAGUCUGUCUACUCUGUUUCAAAGCUGAUUACACGCUUUCUGAAAAAAGAGGCUGGAUGCCGAUUCACUUUGCGGCUUUCUAUGACAACAUUUGCGUCAUUAUUGCUCUCUGUAGGAAGGAUCCUGGUUUGCUAGAAGCUGAGGCAACAGCUGAGAAUCAGUGCACUCCGCUGUUACUUGCUGCCACUUCAGGAGCACUGGAUAGUAUUCAGUGCCUGUUUUCUGUCAGUGCUAACUGGAGAAAAACAGAUAUUAAAGGAAAUAAUAUAAUCCAUUUAUCAGUGUUAACUUUUCACACAGAGGUUCUCAAAUAUAUAAUAAAGUUAAAUAUUCCUGAACUCCCAGGGUGGAAAACUUUGGUAGAAAUGUUACAGUGUGAAAGCUAUAAACGAAGGAUGAUGGCUGUCAUGUCCUUGGAAGUAAUUUGCUUAGCAAAUGAUCAAUACUGGAGAUGUAUUUUGGAUGCAGGCACCAUUCCUGCCUUAAUCAAUCUAUUAAAAAGUUCCAAAAUAAAACUGCAGUGCAAAACUGUCGGGUUAUUAAGAAAUAUCUCAACCCACAAAAGUGUAGUGCAUGCUUUGGUGGAAGCAGGAGGCAUUCCAUCUCUAAUCAACCUACUGGUUUGUGAUGAGCCUGAACUAAACUCUCACUGUGCUGUCAUUCUAUAUGAUAUUGCUCAAUGUAAAAACAAGAAUGUUAUUGCCAAAUAUAAUGGAAUCCCAAGUCUGAUAAAUCUCUUGAACUUAAUCAUAGAAAGUGUGCUAGUAAAUGUAAUGAACUGUAUACAGGUAUUAUGCAUAGGAAAUGAAAACAAUCAAAGAGCUGUGAGAGAACAUAAAGGCCUCCCAUAUCUUACCAGAUUUCUGAGUUCUGAUUCAGGUGAGCUCUAUCUCUGUAUUAUUUUAUAUUUGCCAGGGGUGGAGGAAUUUCUACUUUUUGUACUGAUGCAGGCAUCUAAAGGAUAUCAGUAUAUUAUAGAUGAAAAUGCCUUUCCAAUACUUAUCCAACUGCUAAGAAAUCACCCUUCUCCUAACAUUAAGGUUGAAGUGGCAUUUUCCUUGGCAUGCAUUGUCCUAGGGAAUGAUGUGUUACAGAAAGACUUACAUGAAAAUGAAGGAUUUGAGUAUGCUGAUGUUUUUCAUCUUCUUCACUCAACAGAAAAGGUAAUGCCUUUACAAAAUAUUGAGGGUCAUUUAGAAAAAAAUGGUUUUUAUACCACCUCCUCAAAUUAUCUUCAAGUCUUCUUCAUGGCAAUAUUCAGUGUAUUAUUUAAGAAAAAACAUGUAAAAGAUCUCUUUGUUCGUGCAGCUUGUUCCACUGCUCUUGGCUACUUAACAUACAAUGCAAAUGCUUUCCGCAUCCUAUUAAAGGAAUGCAGGAAUAAACCUAAUCAGUUCAUUUGUAUAAAAAAUAAUAUCAGCAGAGAUGCGAGUAUUAACCCAGCAUUUUUAAAGGAAUUUCAAAUGCAACAAAUGAUGGGACUUCCUCCCAUAAGUCUGGAGAAGAAUGGAGGACCAUCCAUAAUUCCUGUCUUUAAAAAAGGGAAAGAGCACCGAAGAAAAUUAGAACCUAAAAUUCAACCAAAAGAUUCUUUGACUUUAUUACCUACUGUAACUAACUUCGUGGGAUGCUUCAAAGCAACAAAAAAGACCAAGGAUUCCCAUAUUAUUUUUUCUUUUUCACCUACACUUACAUCAGAUAUCACAAAUGUAUCAAGACCAAGAAUAGUGUGUUUGAGCCAACUUGGGAAACACGUCCAGAAAGCCAACCCAGAGCCUGAAGAAAGCUAAUAAUAGCACUUAGUAUGAAAGGAUUCCUGAGCCAUCUUUAAAAAAUUUUUUUAUUUUUAAUUAUGGUAAUAUGCAAAUAACACAACUGAAUAAUCUUUUUGAAUAGAAGUUCUUGAUCUCGAUACUAAGCAGAUUUUCCUUAGCAUGUCUAUGGAAUUUAGUAACAGGUCAGAGUUACGGUUUCAAAAAAUAAGUAGGAUUUCUGUAAAGAUAAGUAGGAUCUCUGCUUCCUGGGUUCAGGCAAUUCUCCUGCCCCAGCCUCUUGAGUAGCUGGGAUUGCAGGUGCCUACCACCACCCCCGGCUCAUUUUUGUAUUUGUAGUAGAGAUGAGGUUUCACCAUGUUGGCCAGGCUGGUCUUGAACUCCUGACCUGAGGUGAUCCACCUGCCUUGGCCUGUCAAAGUGCUGGGAUUACAGGUGUGAGCCACUGGGCUCUGCUUCGCUGUGUACUUUAAAGCUCCCCUUUUCUCCAUCCACUUGCUCAAUUGCCUCCAUACAGUCUGAGGGUCUUGCUAUAAUCCAUUCUCUACCUGGGCUGCAGUUAGAUUGUAAGCAUAUAUUAAUCAGCAGUUAUUUUCCCCAAUAUGUACUUAGGGCUUUCUAUGUGGCACAGUCCAGAGCCAGUGAGUGAAUGAAUGAUUAUUUAUUUAUUUUUUGGAGAAAGGGUCUUGCUCUGUUACCCAGGCUGGAGGGCAAUAGUGCAAUCACAGCUAACUGCAGCCUUAAACUCCUGGGUUCAAAGCAAUCAUCUCACCUCAGCCUCCUGAGUGGCUAGGGCUACAGGUCCUCAGUCUCUGUUAUGCUGAGUGUGGUGGUACAGGCCAGGAGCCCUAGCUACUCAGGAGGCUGAGGUGAGAUGCCCAGACUGGUCUCAAAUUCCUGGGUCUCAAGCGAUUCUCCUUCAUUGGCCUCCCAAAGCUAGGAUGACGAGUAUGAGCUACCAUGCCUGGCCCAAAGCUUGUGUUCUUAACCACUGAAAAGUAAGAGACCUCUUUAAUUUCAUAUUUAAUUCUAAAUUAUCUUAAUGGUGCUGAGUCACAACUUUCUGGUAGAUCAACUAAAUUAAUAGAAAAUGUGGAGGGAAAUUGUAUAUUUCGUACUAGAAAUCAAUACAUAUUCGAAUGAUAAACUGUGUUAUCCAGCACCAUUAAGGAUAAGAAUUCAUAAGAAUGGACAUAUUAAGCUUCUAUAGAUAUUUUUUAAAGCCUUUAGAGAGCAACUUUUGAGCUCUGAAACUGGUUUCAGGUAUGCUGAAGACUGUAUUUUAGAACUAUUUUCAGGUUAUCAGAGUUUCUUUGCAUUCAAUUCCAGGAAUUUCCUCAGUAUCUUGGCCUAGCCAGACCAUCUUACCACUCCUAAAAUAUAUACUAUUUCUUUCUCCUAAAGUACAAUGCCCCCCCAUAAAGAUUAUUUUUAUUACUCUACAUUUUUUACUUUUUUAAAAUGAUGUGUGAGAAGCUGGCCCUUGGAGGCUGAAGUUGGAGGAUUACGUGAGGCCUAGAGUUUUAGUCCAGUCUGGGCAACAUAGCAAGAUGCUGUCUAUAAAAAUAAAAAUUAAAAAUUAUGUCUGAGAAAGGCCUCCAAAAAUAGAGUGUUAUAUUCAAAGAACAGUACAUUUAGUUACUUUAAUCAAGACAGAAAAACAGUGAUAAGCUUAUGAUAUUUGCAGUACAAAGUCUGGAUUCAAAAAAAAUUAACCAAAAAAACUCCCAGAUUUAUUUCCAUCUGAUUAUAUACAAUUUCUCAAAUAACUGAUGUGAAAGUAUAUGGACAACUAAAGUGUACAAUACAUACACUUCAGGGAUUACUUACAUGUUAAAAUUGUAAAACCUCAAAUUAGAUGUAUUUUAAAAAAUGCAUAGACAUCCUAUUUACUCCACAGAGCAUACCUAAUAACAAAUUCUUUUUUGUUGUUUUUGUCUUUUUGAGAUGGAGUCUUGCUCUGCCACUCAGGCUGGAGUGCAGUGGCACUAUUUUGACUCACUGCAACCUCUACCUCCUGGGUUAAAGCAGUUCUUCUGCCUUAGCCUCCCAAGUAGCUGGAUUUACAGGUGAACGCCAGCCACCAUCCCUGGCUAAUUUUUUGUAUUUUUAAGAGAUGGGGUUUCACCAUUUGCCAGGCUGGUCUCCAACUACUGACCUCAUGAUCUGUUCACCUCAGCAUCCCAAAGUUCUGGGAUUAUAGGCAGGAGCCACUGCGUCCAGCCCGUAAUGAACUCUUAAAAUUAAUAACAUAUUAUGUUAGAGAAAGUCAGCUUUUGUCUUGAUUUGGAAAUGUCUGCUUUUAUAUGACUUUGAUCUAAAAUUGCUCUCUCACACACACCUGUAAUCCCAGCACUUUGGGAGGCUGAGGCAGGCACACUGCCUCAGCUCAGGAGUUCAAGACCAUCCUAGGCAACAUGGUGAAAUCUUGUCUCUACUGAAAAUACAAAAAAUUAGCUGGGCAUAGUGGUGGUCACCUGUAGUCCCAGCUACUCGGGAGGCUGAGGCAGGAGAAUUGCUUGAACCCAGAAGGCAGAGGUUGCAGUAAGCCAAGAUCACACUACUGAACUCCAGCCUGGGUGACAGAGGGAGACACUGUCUCCAAAAAAAAAAAAAAAAAAAAAAAGGGAAAGAAAAGAAAAACAAAUAAAAUUACUCUCUCAUUAUAAAGUCAGGUUCAUGUUUCAAUAGAAGUCAAAAAAUAGAAAAAUAGCUUCUCCUAUUCUGAUUUGAGGAAGUGGGGAUAAGUCCUAGGCCCAUAUGAUACAAAGCCAGGAUUCAGCAAAAUUACUGUACUUCUUUCAAAGUUUUUCUUUCUACCUGCCAACAUCAAUACAUUCCUUUCUCAAAAGAUGUUUUAUUUUGGUUUUUUAAUGAUUAAAAAAAAAAAAACUAUGUUUUCUUGUAAGACUUUAACAUUACAGUAUCUCAGAAGAGCAGGUAAAACAUCAAACAUAAGAAAAAGAAAUAACAAAAGAAAGUCUUGAUAAAUAAUUAAUAUUAUAUUUCUUCUACAAUUUGAUAUAUAAAACAAUAAAGACUUAAUUUUAACAUUAAUACUACCUGUAGGGAUUUUUUUGAACAGCAAAAAUCAUAGGUUCAUUUUUAAUCGUGGUACUUUUAUGGCAGCUUCUUCAACUUCUUUUGAUAUGUCUACUCCAAGAGGACAUCUACAUCAGAAUCAGACAAAUCACAUUAUUUGUUUGCUUCAUGAUCCAUCACUAGUUCUACAGACUAUUUGCUUAGAAUUCUGAAGGUACAAGUAUCUAAUGUAUUAUUCAUCAUAUGUGGUGAUGAUUCUUAAACGCAUAGAAAUAUAGUGAGACCUCAAGUCAGGAUCAUGAAAGCUAGCCUCAUUAAUAAGAAAUCUAAAUUUUGAGACUUUUUUUGAGAACAUCUGUUUUCUUGUUCUCAAAUACUGUACAUAAGUAAGUUAAAACAUAAAAUAAAAUAUAAAAAUAAGAAAAAUAUCUUAUAAAUCUCUACAGAGCUAAAAAGGUAAAACAUUUUUGCCACACAGCUAAAGUCAAACCUGCAUUCAUUCACAUUUUACAAAUGUCCCAGGUUUCUAUAGGUUCUUCUCUAUAGCACAACUGUCUAGUUAUGAAAUAUAAUGUUGACAAGUUUUUUUGUUUUUGUUUUUUUGUGAGAUGGAGUCUCGCUCUGUCACCCAGGCUGGAGUGCAAGGCAUGAUCUCAGCUUACAACCUCAACCUCGCGGAUUCAAGCAAUUCUCCUGCCUCAGCCUCCUGAGUAGCUGAGAUUAAGGCACCCGCCAUGACACCCAGCUAAUUUUUUGUAUUUUCAGUAGAGACAGCGUUUUACCAUGUUGGUCAGGCUGGUCUUGAACCCCUGACCUUAGGUGAUCUGCCCACCUCAGCCUCCCAAAGUGCUGGUAUUACAGGCAUGAGCCACUGUGUCUGACCAAUGCUGACAAGUUUUAAAACAUCAGAUGAAAAGAUGUUUAAAAUAUAAUUAUGUUAGAUUAUGAAAAUAAUUGUCUUUUCCUAUUCCAGAAUUAACUUAUAACAGAAUUAUAUAGUAAAUUGAAAAACCAGCUAGGCAUGGUGGCUCACACCUGUCAUCCCAGCACUUUGGGAGGCCAAGGUGGGUAGGUCACUUGAGGUCUGGAUUUCGAGACCAGCCUGACCAAUGUGGCAAAACCCAAAAACUAAAAAUACAAAAAAUUAGCUGGAUGUGGCAGUGCGCACUUGUAAUCUCAGCUACUCAGGAGGCUGAGACAUGACAAUCACUUGAACUCGGGAAGCAGAGUUUGCAGUGAGCUGAGAAUGGGCCACUGCACUCUAGCCUGGGUGACACAGUAAGAUUCUGUCUCAAAAAGAAAAAGUAAAAGAAAAAACUGUGCUAUUUGUUGGAACUUUGAUUUGGGAGAGGAAAUAAGGCUUGCAGGAAAUAGCAAUCUUUUGGCCAAUUCUCAGCUGCCUGUGUAAGAGCAUAAUCACAACCCAUUUUCACAUCUGAAUGCUUUCUGCAGGUUUCCCUUAAAUUUCCCAGCACGUUAGCUGGUUUUGAGAUGUUAUUGACAUCGCAAAAGUCCAGGCCAUGAACAUGGUUUCCACUCUAGUUCCAAAGGAAGGAAUUCAUCAUCCUUACUCAUGGUUUGUUUCUAACUCACCUAAACUUGUCAAGAUUUUUAUAAUUUGAUGCUGCAGCAAAAAUACUUCUUAUACAGUAUCAACCUUAACUAGGUUUAUGAAAGACAUUUAUGUCACUUUCCUUCAAGUACCACCAGAAUGUCAAUGAAAACCUCAUAUAUAAAAACAAAAUUCAGGCACUGACCUAAGUAAUGUAACCUGCAUAAAGAGCAUGAAUGGUACCACAUACUUUGGUUCAUAGCGGAUGUCUUCUAUGUCAUGUAAGAUGCCCACGCCAGCACGUAAUCUUUCAAUACCGUUCCUAAAUAAAAAUUAUUAAAAUAAAAUCAAUAGCUCCAAGAUCUGAAGGAAGAAGGUUUAGUAUGAUAAAAUGGCAAUUAAUAUUUAGAUGAUUAUGAGUGAAGCACAUAUAUCUUGUGGCCUACCAUGCAAUCAUAAUGCCAUUAUCAGUGCACAGUCUGGGAGGAGGACACAACAAAGUGCACUGUGUUGCGUUUGUUAAAAUUUCCAGAGCUCCGUGGAUAUAGAAGUUACUUGCAACACCUCCAGAUGCAACCUGAAGGAAUUGAGAAAACCAAAAACGAUCACAUGGAUAUGAAUCAAGCUGUUAAUUAAACCUGGGGGGAAAAUAUCAGCAUUGUACAAUAAUAAACUAUCUCAUUUUGA